AUAUAUAUGCACGUAUAUAUAAACACCACAUCAGCCGAUGGACAUUUGGGUUUCUUCUGUGCCUUGGUUAUUGUAAAUAAUCCCGCACUUAACAUAGGGAUGCGUAUUCCUUCAAGUUAGCAUUUUCAUAUUCUUUGGAUAAAUACCCAGUAGUGGAAUUACUGGAUCAUAUGGUAAUUCUAUUUUUAAUUUUUUGAGGCACUUCCAGACUGUUCUGGAGACCAGUUUGCAUUGCCGCCAGCAGUGCACGAGGGUUCCCUUUUCUCCACAUCCUCACCAACACUUGUUGUUUCCUGUGUUUUUUACUUUAGCCCUUCUGACAGGUGUGAGGCGACAGCCCACCGUGGUUUUGAUUUGCAUGUCCCUGAUGAGUGAUUUCGAGCAUCUUUUUAUGGGUCUGUUGGCCAUCUGGACGUCUUCUUUGGAGACAUCUGUUUAUGUAUUCUGUGCAUUUUUAAACUGGAUUAUUUGGUUUUUUGAGUGUUGAGUUAUGUCAGUUCUUUAUAUAUUUUGGACACUAACCUGUUACUGGAUAUCUUCUCCCGUUCUGUAGGUCGCCUUUUAAUUUUGUUGCCUGUUUCCUUUGCUGUUGUAGAAGCUUUUUUUAUUUUGAUGUAGUCCCAGGGGUUUCUUUUUGCUUUUGUUUCCCUUGCCUCAGGAGACACAUCUGGAAAAGUGUUGCUGUGGCCAGUGUCAGAGACAUUACGGCCUGUGCUCUUUUCUAGAUGUUUAUGGCUUCAGGUCUCACGUUUAGGCCUUUCAUCCAUUUUGAGUUCAUUUUUGUGUGUGGUGUGGGAAGGUCAUCCAGUUUCAUUCUUUUGCAUGUUGCUGUCCAGAUUGCCCAGCACCCUUUGUUGAAGAGACUGUCUCUUUCCCAUUGGAUAUUCUCUCCUGCUUUGUUGAAGAUUAGUUGACCCUAUAAUUGUGGGUUUAUUUGUGGGCCUUCUCUUCCGGUCCGUUGAUCUGUGCAUGUCUCCUUUGGUGCCAUCGCCAUACGGUUCUGAUCACCACAGCUCCAUAGUAUGUCUUGGAAUCUGGGAUUAUGGUACCUGCAGCUUACUUUUCCUUUUUCAAGGUUGCUCUGGCUGUUUGGUGGGGGGGGUUUGUGGUUCCCUACACAGUUUACGAUUGUUUGCUCUAGCUCGGUGAAAAAUGCUGGUGGUAUUUUGAUAGGAUUGCAUUGAAUGUGCAGUUCACACGUUCCCGACUGCUUCGGGCUGUGUAGACGUUUCGACAGUGCUUGUUCUUGUGGCUCGUGAGGAAGGUCUUCCCAUUUGUGACCUCUCCAAUUUCUCUCAUCCAUGGUUUGUGGUUUCCAGAGUGCAGGUCUUUCAAUGUGGGGAACACUUUUAUUUCCAUUUUAUAGGUCAGAGGAUCUGGGCCCUAGAAUUAACGUGUCCAGAUCAUCCCUCAAAUAAGUGGGGGGCCUCGCCUCCGCUGCCUGACCUCACAUGCCCAACAGAAGACAGAAGAAGUGACUGGUCUGCUGGAGGUCUGGAAUGUUCUCGUCCUCUGUGCUGUGUGUGCUCGUGGGUGUGCCUGGCUGUCAGGCACGCACCCGUUAGCGGCUGAAGGAAGACAGAGGUUGUACUAGACUUGACUGCCCUUGAGGAAUUCACAGUCCAGUGAAGGAGGAAGGAGAAAUGGAGGUGUCAGAAAUGGCCGAAGACGGGAGUGAGGAGAUCAUGUUCAUCUGGUGUGAGGACUGUAGCCAGUACCACGACUCCGAAUGUCCUGAGCUGGGCCCCGUGGUCAUGGUCAAAGACUCCUUUGUGUUAAGCAGGGCAAGAUCAUCCCUUCCCUCCAACCUGGAGAUCCGGCGACUAGAGGACGGGGCUGAGGGAGUGUUUGCCGUAACUCAGCUCGUCAAGCGAACGCAGUUUGGUCCAUUUGAGUCGAGGAGAGUUGCCAAGUGGGAGAAGGAAUCUGCUUUUCCGCUGAAGGUGUUCCAGAAGGACGGGCACCCCGUGUGCUUCGACACGUCCAGCGAGGACGACUGUAACUGGAUGAUGCUGGUGCGGCCGGCGGCGGGGCCCGAGCACCAGAACCUGACCGCCUACCAGCACGGCGACGACGUCUACUUCACCACCUCCAGGGACAUCCCCCCCGGCGCUGAGCUGCGCGUGUGGUACGCGGCCUUUUACGCCAAGAAGAUGGACAAGCCCAUGCUGAAGCAGGCCUGCUCCGGCGCCCACGCUGCAGGCAGCCCCGGAGGCGGCGCCACGGUGGAGCGGGAGCCCAGCCAGUGGGCGUGCAAGGUGUGUUCUUCCACCUUCCUGGAGCUGCAGCUCCUGAACGAGCAUCUGCUGGGUCACCUGGAACAAGCCAAAAGCCUUCCCCCAGCCGGCCAGCACGAAGCCGCUCCUGAGAAGGAAGCAGACGUGCCCCGGGGGGAGCCUCCUGCAGUGCCCAAGAGUGUCAGUGCCACCAAAGAGCAGAAGAAAAAGCCUCGAAGAGGGAGAAAACCCAAAGCAUCAAAACCUGAGCAACCACUAGACAUUAUAGAAGGCAAGGAGCCAGCAGAGCAAGUGGCAGAGAUCGUCACCGAGGUCCCUCCGGAUGAGCCAGCGACGGCGGCACCGGAUGAGCGGAUCAUGGAGCUGGUUCUGGGGAAGCUGGCCACAACCACCGGUGACGCCACUUCAGUGCCAAAGUUCCCGCAUCAUCCGAGCGCCGCCAUCACCCUCAAGAGGAGUCUCAUUCUGUCGAGCCGGCACGGCAUCCGCAGGAAGCUCGUCAGGCAGCUGGGGGAGCACAGGCGGGUGUACCAGUGCAGCGUCUGCAGCAAGAUCUUCCAGAACAGCAGCAACCUGAGCAGGCACGUGCGCUCGCACGGUGACAAGCUGUUUAAAUGUGAGGAAUGUGCCAAGUUGUUCAGCCGCAAGGAGAGUCUGAAGCAGCACGUCUCCUACAAGCACAGCAGGAACGAGGUGGACAGUGAGUACAGGUACCGCUGCGGCACCUGCGAGAAGACGUUCCGCAUCGAGAGCGCCCUCGAGUUCCACAACUGCAGGACAGAUGACAAGACGUUCCAAUGUGAGAUGUGUUUCAGAUUCUUCUCCACCAACAGUAACCUCUCCAAGCACAAGAAGAAGCACGGGGACAAGAAGUUUGCUUGUGAGGUCUGCAACAAAAUGUUCUACCGCAAGGACGUCAUGCUCGACCACCAGCGGAGGCACCUGGAAGGAGUGCGGCGGGUGAAGAGGGAGGACCUGGACGCCGGCGGCGAGAACCUGGUCCGCUACAAGAAGGAGCCCUCGGGAUGCCCCGUGUGUGGCAAGGUGUUCUCCUGCAGAAGCAACAUGAACAAGCACCUGCUGACCCACGGCGACAAGAAGUACACCUGCGAGAUCUGCGGCCGCAAGUUCUUCCGUGUGGACGUGCUCAGGGACCACAUCCACGUCCACUUCAAGGACAUUGCGCUGAUGGACGACCACCAGAGGGAGGAGUUUAUCGGCAAGAUCGGCAUCUCCUCGGAGGAGAACGAUGACAAUUCGGAUGCCAGCGCGGACUCCGAGCCUCACAAGUACAGCUGCAAGCGGUGCCAGCUCACCUUCGGCCGCGGGAAGGAGUACCUGAAGCACAUCAUGGACGUGCACAAGGAGAAGGGCUACGGCUGCAGCAUCUGCAACCGCCGCUUCGCCCUGAAGGCCACCUACCACGCCCACAUGGUCAUCCACCGGGAGAACCUGCCGGACCCCAACGUGCAGAAGUACAUCCACCCGUGCGAGAUCUGCGGGCGCAUCUUCAACAGCAUCGGGAACUUGGAGCGGCACAAGCUCAUCCACACAGGGGUGAAGAGCCACGCCUGCGAGCAGUGCGGGAAGUCCUUCGCGCGGAAGGACAUGCUGAAGGAGCACAUGCGCGUGCACGACAACAUCCGCGAGUACCUGUGCGCCGAGUGCGGGAAAGGCAUGAAGACCAAGCACGCGCUGCGCCACCACAUGAAGCUGCACAAGGGCAUCAAGGAGUACGAGUGUAAGGAGUGCCACCGCAAGUUCGCGCAGAAGGUCAACAUGCUCAAGCACUACAAGCGGCACACGGGGAUCAAAGAUUUCAUGUGCGAGCUGUGCGGGAAGACCUUCAGCGAGAGGAACACGAUGGAGACCCACAAGCUCAUCCACACGGUGGGCAAGCAGUGGACGUGUUCCGUGUGCGACAAGAAGUACGUCACCGAGUACAUGCUGCAGAAGCACGUGCAGCUCACCCACGACAAGGUGGAGGCUCAGAGCUGCCAGCUGUGCGGGACCAAGGUGUCCACCAGGGCGUCCAUGAGCAGACACAUGCGGCGCAAGCACCCAGAGGUCCUGGCCGUGAGGAUCGAUGAUCUGGACCACCUCCCGGAGACCACCACCAUCGAUGCCUCCUCCAUCGGCAUUGUCCAGCCUGAGCUGAGUCUGGAGCAGGAGGAGCUGGCCGAGGGCAAGCACGCGAAAGCUGCCAGGAGGGCCCACAAGAGGAAGCAGAAGCCGGAGGCGGAGGCGGCCGGCGCCCCGGUGCCCGAGGAGGCCGCCUUCAGCGAGUACUCGGAGAAGGAGCCCGUGCUGUCCGGCGUGGGUGACGAGACCGACUCUGCGGUGCAGAGCAUCCAGCAGGUGGUAGUGACGCUGGGGGACCCAAACGUGACCACUCCGUCGAGCUCCGUCGGCUUGACCAACAUCACCGUGACCCCCAUCACCACUGCAGCCGGGACUCAGUUUACCAACCUCCAGCCCGUGGCUGUCGGGCACCUGACCACCCCGGAGCGCCAGCUACAGCUGGACAACUCGAUCCUGACCGUGACCUUUGACACCGUGAGCGGCUCUGCCAUGUUGCACAACCGCCAGAACGACAUCCAGAUCCACCCGCAGCCGGAAGCUUCGAACCCACAGUCCGUGGCGCACUUCAUCAACCUGACUACCCUGGUCAACUCCAUCACGCCCCUGGGGAACCAGCUCAGCGACCAGCACCCGCUCACGUGGCGGGCGGUGCCCCAGACGGACGUCCUGCCCGCGCCCCAGCCGCCCGCGCCCCAGCCGCCCGCGCCCCAGCCCCAGGUGCCGGCCGAGCCCCAGCAGCACAUGUACAGCUACUGAGUCAAAGCGCCAAGAACUCACGAGGAGCCCUGCCCACAGGUGCUCUUGCUUAUUUUGAGAUUUGUCUGCUGGAUACCAAACCGAGAGAAAAACAUCAUCCUUGAGGUGUAAGUGAGGUUGACUCAGCUUUGCGGAAUUGUCUCCAGACCCCCCCCCCUCCCCCCGGCUAGCACUGCCAUCUGAUAGCGUGCCUGGGGGGUGACUCCUGGCAGGUGGCAGCAUGUGUGAGUGGCUCAGCCUGUGCCCGGCAAGGCCGCGUGUCACCCGCCUCCCCUAACAGAACUUGGUGGACACGGGGUCCGGGCAAGCGAGGCGAGCAGGGGCCGAGAGGUGAGUGAUACAUUACGAGGAGCAGAGUGGCCCGCUGGUGUCCUUUCGGGCCUCACUCGCUGCGUCAGCACAGAGAACGGGUUCCCACGAGGCCACCGGCUGCAAGGAAACGCCAUUUUCGCCUCCCUUCCGGCUGUUUCUGGCGAAUGAGCAGAUAGAAGUUAAAGUAACGUUUGUUUUCUUCUUGGAGAUCUGAGUUGAGUCCAACUCGAUGCACGCAACUUUGGGCCGAAGACCCGUGAGGAGGUGUUCCGUGGCUGCGGACGACCCCCCUCUGGCCUUACGAUGGGUGAGGGGUCCCCGGAGGUCACUGACUCGGGCCCGAAAGGCCUCUUUGUAACAUAACGCGUGGAUUCACUUUUAGUCUCAGCUUUCGUUUUCUUAACUUUAUCUCAAGCACAUAUUACGUAUCCGGGACGCCGUCAUGGCCACGUCGUUCUUGAUUUUGACACGCUAAAGUCGUUUGCACUGUAGGAGUGUCGGUCCACGUCCAGUUCUGCGCCAGUGCCCGAACACAGGGGACACCCCACUGUGUGGGACAAGUCGGCCCCGUGCCGUCCCCUCUGGUGGCUCCCGCAGAGCCGUGUCGGGAUCCGCCGCCAUCCAAAUAUAUUUAUUACGGCUGAGGCUCAGCCAGAGCCACCGAAGAGCAGGGAGGAAAGUCACGUUUUCUUUCUGUGGCAACUUCAGUCCAAAGGUUGAUCUGCUUCAGGACCAACUUCCGAUAAAAAUAUUGCAGGAGGUUUGGCUCUUUACAAUGGAAAAGUGUAGGUUUUUCUGAAGCACACAGAUACGGCCAUUUGCUGCCGGGCGGUCGUGAAAGCAGAGGCGGUCCGUUCGUCAGUAGGAGCGUUAAUGGCCUUCGUGCUCGCACGUGCCGAGUAAGCGCCAUCCCCGCGUCCCCGGCACACACACUGUCACACGCCGCGUCCCCGGUGUGUCAGAGGUGGUGGGCCAGGCUCACGCGAGCCCGCUGCUCAGCCGGGGAACCAGAGGCGCAGCAGGUUUUAGCCUCCUGAGACUUUUUAAUGCUGUGCAAAAUGAAAUGAUACGUCUGCCUUGCUGCGGCCUUGAUCGCUCUUUGUCACGCAUCCCGUGUUAUUUGGGAGACCACCUUGAAGAAAGAGUGACACGUCAGUAGUGGACCCGUGAGGCGGGAGGCGUCUAGGGCCGCCAGGGAGGCCAAGGGCCACUCCUUCUGCAAAAUGCAGCGUCCUCAGCAUUUCCCUUGAUUCUGAGUUGUGAGAUCUUGAGGACGGGGCUCAAAUUCGUAUUGUGCAAUACCUGUCUUCAGAACUAAGGACCUCCCGUCACCCACGCGGCACGUAAGAGCGUCCCCAGAGUCCGCACCGUGGACACAGCUCGGUCACACUCCCGUCUCCUGCCUGCAGUUGAAUUAAUAGUGGGAGAUUAUUUGACUCUUUAAUUUAUGAUAAUUAUUUUUAUGUUAUUUAUGUAUAUAAUUAACUGCUUUAUACACAAUAAUCCAUCAAACGAACUUGGGCUAGGAGUGAUAUAUUUUCUCAAAUCCUGUCCUCAUCCUCCAAAUGUAAGCGGUCCGGGUCCCAUGGGGUCAUCAAGAGUACCGAGGUUCCUAAUGUAUUUAAAAAAAAAAGAAAAAAAAAAUCACUGACUGUUUUUUUUUUUUUUGACCAAGUGAAAAUACAAACAGGAUGAAACCUCUUUUAGCCUUUAUCUCCUGUUCUGCUUCCCUAUGAAAUAAAGGCCUUUUAAAUCACAGUUUUAUUUUUUUAAAAGACGUUGUUUUUGUGCCUCGAGUAAGGACGCAUCGGAUGCUCCUCAAGAUCCCAGUGUAGGCCACGUGGCCCUGGUGCCCGCUUGUUCAUUUACACACACAGAUGUGGGACGAUCCCCUGUGUGAUAAUCAGCUAGAACUCCAGAUAAAAAUCAGCGCCACCCCUGAGUUUCCUGUAGACACGCUUGGUCUUACUCACUUUUAGUCUUACUGGGGUCACUACCUGAGGCCAGAUAGGUUCGUGUUGUCUUAAAACAGUUGCUGUGAAUUUGCGUUUGCAAGAGCUGGGGAGCAGAAAAACAAAACAAAAACCACUCAACCAAAAGAGUCCCCGACCAUAGAUUGUUCUGCGCGUGCAUCGCUGUUUACUGACGGGAAGUGUUUCAUGUUUUAACUGACGCCAGGUGCGCAGCUGUGUUCACGGGAGGACAUUAGAUCAGGCCGUUGUGGCCGCCCAGCUCUGUGAGUCCGUGUUGGGUGUCCUAGAUUAAGCAGUCGCGAGAACUUACCUUGGACCCGUGGAUUUGUAAGGGUGUGGGGUCCUGUGCCACGUUCACGGUGUGACUCUCGCAGAGCUGGAUCCCAGGCCGCUGCUGCUCCCCGUGAAUUGCGUGCUCUGUGGCGAGGAAGAGUCUGGGCCCCCGGAACGGCACUUCCGUGGACGUGCCCCCUGCGCCAGGUGCCACCUCACUCGGUCCGACAGGAAACCGCCUCGGAGAAUCCCGGGUGCGGGAGGGAGGGUCACAGACCUUACGCGGCCUUUCCAGCCACGGCAUCGUCCGAAUGCGCGAAGCUCGAGGCUUCUCAGCGCCAGGUGGCCUCCGCGACUUCCCGUUGGAUUUUGAAAGGCACGAAGACUGUUUUGAGGAGUUGAGUAAUUGUCGUGUCCCAUCGGUUUGUAUAAUAACAAAUAAAAGGUGCGGUGACCUGUGUUUUUCAA